AUGGACAAGGAAGGAGGUUUUGUGAACAGACCAGCCAUUAUGGAUGGAAGAAAUUAUGACUACUGGAAACCAUGUAUGGUUGCCUUUUUAAAGUCCUUAGAAAGCCUGGCUUGGAAAUCUAUUUUAAGAGGAUGGAAACACCCUGUCAAAUUGGGAGAAAAUGGAGAACCUACUUUUGAAUUAAAACCUGAAGAAGAUUGGUCUAAGGAAGAAGAUGAAAUUUCUCUUAUAAAUUCUAAAGGCUUGAAUGCUAUAUUCAAUGGAAUUGACAAGAACAUUUUCAGGUUAGUGAAUACAUGUGAAGUUGCUAAGGAUGCAUGGGGAUUCUUCAAUCUACUCAUGAAGGCACAUCCAAAGUAA